AUGGACGCAGACACAUCCACGUAUGAAAUCCGCGAAGAGCCGAUUCACACCCGGCGCCCGAUCAGAGUAAUCUGUCUAGGCGCAGGAUAUUCCGGCAUUCUGAUGGGCAUAAUAUGGAACCAGCGCAUGCAGAGCCGGAACGCAGAACUCGUCAUCUACGAGCGCAACAAUGACAUAGGAGGGACGUGGUUGGAGAAUCGAUAUCCCGGCUGCCAGUGCGAUAUCCCAGCACACAACUAUGCGUACUCAUUCGAGCCGAAUCCGGAGUGGCCGAAUUACUAUGCCACUUCGCAGCAGAUAUACGAGUAUCUGAAGAAAACGGUUGCAAAGUAUGAAGUUAAUAAAUAUAUCCGGUACCGGCAUUCUGUCCAGGAUGCGCGGUGGGACGAUAACCAAGGAAAAUGGACUGUCACUGUUAAAGUAGGAGACAGGACGUUCGAGGAUAAAUGUGAUGUCUUCAUCAAUGCAGGUGGAGUUCUAAACAACUGGAAAUGGCCCGACAUUGAUGGCUUCGACAAGUUCAAAGGCAAACUCAUCCACUCCGCAGCCUGGGACGAGUCCUACGACUUCUCAGGCAAGAAGGUAGCCGUAAUCGGAAACGGCUCUUCAGCAAUCCAAAUCAUCCCUAAACUCGCACAAUCUGCCGUCCAACUAACCUCCUUCAUCCGCUCGCACGCCUGGAUCUCGCCAGCCCCAGGUAUAAACGAGCCCACAGCCAAUGACCCAGACAUGGACGAACAGUACAACUACGCACCGCACGAACUCAACGGAUUCAAGACCGACCUUGGCAGCUGUCAAGACCACUGCCGCAACCUCAUGGACAGACGCAUCAUGAAUUUCCGACGCACACAUACUGCCUCCGUCGAACAGAAAGCCGCGCGCGAGAUGUUCGCGAAUAACAUGAAGCAGCGUCUAGGCGAUAGUCCCAAGGGGAGGGCGUUAUAUGAUAUGCUUAUCCCGGAGUUCCCGGUUGGGUGUCGACGACAGACACCUGGGCCGGGGUACUUGGAGGCGCUGUUGCAGGAGAAUGUCGAGACGCGGUUUGACGAUAUCGCGCGGUUCACUGAGGACGGGAUACGAACUAAAACUGGCGAUGAACUGCAGUUCGACGUUAUUGUCUGUGCGACUGGUUUCGAUACAACAUUCAAACCCCGGUUUCCGGUUGUAGGCAGGAAUGGGGUGAAUCUGGCGGAGAAGUGGACGAACGACGAGCCGAUGGCGUAUUUUGGGAUUACGGUGCCAGAUAUGCCGAAUUACUUCAUGUUCAUCGGCCCCAGCUCGCCGAUUUCGAACGGUUCACUGGUACAGGGGAUCCAGAUGAUGGGAGUGUAUAUCUGGAAAUGCAUCGAUAAGAUCCAGUCCGAAUGCAUAAAAAGCCUCACAAUCCAGGAAGCAGCGACAAGAGACUACUACACGCAUAUCCAGAAAUUCCUGGAGCGAACAGUCUGGGUCGGCGGGUGUCGCAGCUGGUAUAAGCGUGGAACAGUCGACGGACCUGUUGUUGCGAUAUACGGCGGAACCAGCUUCCAUUACAUCGAGGCGCUGCGGAAUCCACGCUGGGAGGAUUACCAUAUUGACCUAGUUCCCAUGAAGCGGCCGAAUCGGUUUGCGUAUCUUGGGAAUGGGUUUACCAUCCGGGAGAUGAAUAAUGGGUCUGUGGCAGAUACGCAGACGUUGAACUUUGAUGAGUAUUGGAGGUUGUUUGUUUUGCCAGAUUUAUAUGGUUAA